GCUCUAGCUUUCUGCAUAUCGACCAGUUGCGGGAAAAUGGCUGCGCUAACGGACUACAAUUCCCCUGGAACUCCAAGUCGGCAUGAGAAGUCACUGGGUCUUCUAACAUCGAAAUUCGUAAGCUUGUUGCAAGAAGCGAAGGAUGGUGUUCUGGAUCUGAAAGUGGCUGCAGACCAGCUGGCUGUCAGGCAGAAAAGAAGAAUUUAUGACAUCACCAAUGUUCUUGAAGGCAUUGGUUUAAUUGAAAAGAAAUCAAAAAACAGUAUUCAAUGGAAGGGUGCUGGACCUGGUUCAAAUACCAAAGAAAUAUCAGAUAAACUUGGGGAUUUAAGAAAAGAACUUGAUGAUCUUGAAGACAUUGAAAAAAGGCUUGAUGAACAGAAAAUUUGGAUUCAACAAAGUUUGAAAAACAUUUCUGAAGAUCCUGACAAUGGACCUCAUGCCUAUGUAACACAUGAAGACAUAUGUAAAUGCUUUCAUGGAGAAACCUUACUUGCUGUCCAAGCACCCUCUGGCACUCAGUUAGAGGUUCCUGUACCUGAAAAUAGCGGAAUACCGAACAGCAAGUAUCAAAUUCAUUUAAAAAGCAACAAUGGCUCAAUUUGUGUCCUACUUGUAAACAGAGAUUCACCGCAAGAUCAGCCUGUUGUAGUCACUGUUCCCCCAUCAGAUUAUCAAAAGGAGACUGAUAAAUCAGCUGAUACGCAAAAGAAUAAUGGAAACAACAAUAAACAUAAAGAAAAGGUUAAAAAAGGUGAACAAAUUGAAACAGAUUCCACAACACCAAUGGAAGACUUUGAUUCAGCUGAUCAAGAAAUGAGAACAAUAUCAGAAGACAUCGAAGAAGUGAUUGAUGGCUUAUAUAGCUCCGAAAUAUUUGCUCCAUUAUUGCGACUUUCUCCACCACCUGGGGAGCAAGACUAUUACUUCAACCUUGAAGAUACUGAGGGAAUAUGUGAUCUUUUCGAUGUACCUGGUCUCCAGAAUGUUCAGCCUGUAAAAAGUAGUCUGAUUGGCAGCUCAUAAUACCAUCCAUCACCAGAAGAGACACCGCGUUGAAGUUGAAUGUGGCGUUAAGCCAGGUAUAUGAUAUCAGGACUGAAUUCAUAUAUGAACUGGCGACAAGAAACGUCGUGUGCAUGAAAACCAAACAGACACAGGUUUAUUUUUUAAGUUGUAUCAUACACACUUGUAUCCUAGUUUUGUUCACUGUUAGUUUCUAUGAUCUGGCGAAUAAAUUUGUGAAUAUAAAGACUGAUUUAACGAUGAUAGUUUUAUGCGUAGUCCUGUAAAAAGGAAUUUUGAGGGGGACGUGUUGGUUUGCUUUAUUCACGUGAGCCAAGAACUGAAGGACAAUCGUUAUUAAUUUAGUUAGUAUUGAACGGCUUAGUCUAAUCCAAUGUGUUGCUCGUAUUACCUCAUUCUGGAUAUAUGACUUACUUUUGAUGGCUUUCUAACACUCAGUAGCUUUACUUUUAUUGUGUUUGAGAUUACCUUGUAAGAAGAGGUCUCAUCAUGUCAGAGGCCAAGGUUCACAACUUCAAUUCACUUCUGAAAAAGAGUACUGGCCUAUGUUAUUCCUGUUUCUUGUGAGACCUAAAUGUGAACAUUCGUACCCUAUGAAAUAGUUUUUAGGAAAGUAACGUUUGCUUUGUGAAAAUAGUUUAUCGUAGAGAGUCCUAACCAUCCCUUUACUAAUUCGUAUUUCAGUGAUUGGAAUUUUUACCAAAGUAUUCUUGAAAAUGUUCAAAAUAUUCUUACUGUUGUAAAUCACAAUAUUUAUUGUUCUAAUGAUCGUAUAUAUUAUAUACGUGCUAAAAAAAUCCUACGGGGAAUGUAUUUUAGCCCUCAAUAUACGUCGAAGUAUUAGAUGUCGCACUGGUUCCUAGAAGGAAAUAGAUAGAAUUAAUUCGGAACAGGUGCAUAUUUGAUCAGCCACGAUGCUACUACAAAGUUACAUUCGUCAGAAAUUGUUCACGUUGAUUUGUUUUCUUAUUUUCUUAUAUAUUCAUCAGGAAAUCAGUUAAUUCGCGUAAAUAUCUGGAGUUGAUAAAGCCUCAGGUUCUGGUAGUGUCAAGAGGGCUCACUGAUUUUAGUCCUGUUUAGUUUUGAUUUUAGUACGAAUGUAACUCGGAUGAUGGCUCCCCUUUCUGGCGGAAAAGGGAAGGGGUGUAGCUAGGCAAGUUAAUUAUGAGUCCUGUUUACGACCCGCAGUAGAGGGAAGUUCCUGUUAAAGCAAUAAAAGGGUGUUAUAAAUUAAAAUCAAAGCUUAUCGCAUGCUAUGAACAACCAAAUCUUUGUCUGUUUGUAUUGCGGCAGCUCUACUUUUUGAUCAAUGAGAUUUUUAAUUAUUUCA